UCAAAUUUUAUUGGCGAGUGAUUUUAUGUGUUUUGCGUCAUUAUUUGUUUUUAUAAUGAAUAAAGAAGAGUUUUCAAAUUAUUUACAAAAUUAAAGUAAUAUCGGAUAUAUUUUUAGAAAUGUCUCACAGAAGAUCAAGUUUUCAAUCAAAUGACCUGUUUCCUCGUGAAAUUGAUAUUGAGGUGUGCUUAAAAACGCUAAAAAUUUAUCAAAAAAUUGAAGGAGAUGUGAAUUGUGUUGUAUGGGAUGCAUCUUUAGUUUUAGCAAAGUAUCUCGAAACAAUGUGUCAAAAUAAACCUGAGUUCUUAAGUGGCAUUAGAGUAUUAGAACUUGGGUCAGGUUUAGGGGUUGUUGGUUUAACAGCUGCAACUCUAGGCGCCCAAGUGACGCUUACAGAUUUACCUGAAGCACUGCCAUUGUUGCGAUUGAACAUAAAUGAAAAUAAGUCAAAAAUCUCCAGUAUGGGAGGGUAUGCCAUAGCAGAGUCUUUGGUGUGGGGCGACAGUACAUCCCAAAUACUUAAAGAAGAAUUUGAUAUGAUUGUGCUUGCAGACUGUGUUUAUUAUGAAGAGGCAAUAGAUCCUUUGGUACAGACAUUACAAUGCUUCACCAACACCUUAACAAAAAAACCCACAAUGUAUUUGACUCAAGAACUACGAGAUUCUGAUAUACAAAAGAGGUUAUGGAAAAAGUUUUUUGAAAAACUUAAUGACAUCUUUAAUGUGGAACAGAUACCUGAAGAAGAACAACACAAAAACUACAGAAGCCGGGAUAUAUUACUGUUUAAAAUUACAAAGAAAUGAUUUAUUAGAUGUAAGUAUAAUUAUUAUUUUAAGUGCAUUCAGUCCAUGACAAUACACACAAUACAGUUUUUAUUUAAGAUAUAAGUAUUAUUAAGCAUUUCCAAUAGCUCAAAUUUUUUUCUAGAUUUAAUGAAUAAUAAACUUAUUAAUCUACAUAAAUUAAUAGAAUGUGUCUUUACCUAUAGCAGGAUAUUAUAUGGAUAAAGGAAUUAUGAGUAGAUUACCUACCUACCUUACAUUUAAAUUAUUAUUGUUACCUCCUCGGAUUUCACGGGCCUAUAAAUCCCGGUCUUUUGAUAGGCUUGCGUGGAGAUAUAGAUCCAACACGUAGAAGCCCCUUGGAGAGCUUUAAUGUCAUGUAGAACAUUUUAUUUUUAUUUUAUUAUUGUUACUAUUGUUAGGCUUUUUUGUAUUAUACUUUUUAUAAAAAAAGUUUUUUCUAGGGAUUUAGUGAUUUCAUAUUUGACUGUGUUUUAUUUACUAUUUAAUAAUCAAUUACCUCGAAUGUACAAAUUUAAUAAAGUUUCUGCCUUGUUGCCUUCUU